CUGAUGUGGACAAUGUUGAUGUGGAUGCUGAUGAAGCUGAUGCAGACAAAACUGAUGUGGAUGAAGCUAUUAUAGCUAAAGCUAAUACAAAUAUAAUUGAGGAUGAAGCUACUGUAAACAAUAUUGAUAUGAAUAACGAAGCUGAUGUAGACGAAGUUG